AUGCAUCCACAAAAUCCUCACAAUGAAAAAGUCUCUUCGCCAUCUUCAUCAACCACUCCGAUUUUAAAAUCCAACCCAAGUAAUUACCAGAAGAGACCAACAACUGAUUCAUGGUUCUCUCCUCUCUUUAAAUUAUCCACUUUCAAUUCUUACUAUUCCUUUUUUUCAAGCCUAACUGCUAGCACCUUUUCUUCUUCCAUUCCAAAAGGGGCUCUUCUCACCACGAUGGCAUCAGGCUCUUCAUCACGAGUGAAUAUGGUAACAAGAUUCAUUCAUAAAAUUCCUGAACCAUUCCGUACUGUUGCUCUGGCUGGAAUUGCUUCCAUUGUUUUCAUAGCCUAUCAUGAUCUUCCACAUUCAUCAGCAGAUGACACCAUCGGUUAUUGGACAGGAUUUCAUGGAGUAAAUCUAACAAAUGUAUUUAAAAGUAGAUUGUAUCAUAAAAAAGAAACUGCGUUUUUAACGAAAAUAGAUUCUCCCUAUCCUUUUGAAUCUGAAUUUGAUUUGUUAAAUGAGAACGCUUUUAAUUUUUCAAAAGAAUGGCAUGAUUAUUGGAGAGAAAUGAAAUUAGAUGCAAAUCCACCUAAUACUCAAGAAGAAGAUUUAAUACAUCCAUUAGAUUCACAUAUUUUCACGCUUCGAAAAGGAAAACAAAUAGAUUUGGAACACUUAUGGUUCUUGUAUUUGCAAUUACAUUCAAUCAAGUAUGAUACCAUCUCAGAGUUAAUUAGAAAUAAUAAGGUUUCCAAUGAUUUAUUGUAUGAUUUGAAAAUAGCAAGUACACGAGAUGAUGAAUUUCGACAUUUUACACAAAAUUAUGUUGUAAAUAAGGAUGAUCUCAACAACAAGGAUAGCACUAAAUCACUUGAUGAACUCAUUCAACAGAACAUUUCUCAUCAAAAUUUAUGCUCGAUUUUUCAAAAAAGAAAACUCAAUGAAGAAUAUCAACGUCGAUUAAUCACAAAGAAAGAUCUUCUCACUCCACAAGACUAUUUGAGAAUUUUUUAUACAGAAAAUAGAACCUAUAGGUUUAGUGCAAUGUAUGAUCGAAAUUUUGUCAAGUAG